UCUGUAAAAAAUAAUUGACAUUAUUAAGGUCUGUUAACAUAAACUGUUUAAUUGAUUUUUAAAGUUGAUUUUGUUCAAAAUAAUAUCUACUCUGAACAUGCUAAAGGUGGCAAACGAUCGACAUCUACCUGCUUAUUCAUUCAAGUUCCAAAGUUUCUGAGUCAUGAUUACAGCUUGUAGUUGCAAUGAGAGAUCGCGCUGCUAAUGUGCUAAUUGUAACCUAGGUAAACGGUGCUCACUAUGUUAUUUGGCUGAUGCUGAAGGACGCAAUACUGAUAUAUAGAGGAUUAGAAUGUCGAGAGACCACUGGCGUGUGGCAGGCGGAACGCCAUGAACUGCAGUGUUAUUGCGAUAAUAUUCGCAUUUUUAUCCCUUACCUCAGCAGAACUGGAACUGAGUGAUGAAAUCAAAGAAAUAAUACAGCAUGUUCACAACGAGUGUGUCGCUAAGACCGGGGUGGCUGAGGAGGACAUAAAGAAUUGCGAAAACGGCAUAUUUAAGGAGGACGAGAAAUUGAAGUGCUAUAUGUUUUGCCUGAUGGAGGAAGCGAACCUCGCUGACGAUGAUGGAGUUGUGGAUUACGAAAUGAUGGUCAGCAUAAUUCCGGAACAGUACACGGACAGAGUCACUAAAAUGAUAUUUGCGUGUCGACACUUGGAUACUCCCGACAAAAGCAAAUGCCAGCGAGCGUUCGAUGUUCACAAGUGCUCAUAUAGCAAAGAUCCUGAAGUGAGUAAUCUUAAUAUUUUAAAAAUGGAUUAUUUGAUAAUUGUGCUUAGGUAACUUUUUUAGUAUUAGACGUAACAGUUAC